AUGACAGCUGAGAUCACAGCCGGACUGAAAGAGAGGAAAGCCGGACUGGAAGAGAAGAAAUUCCGACAAGAAGAAAUAACUGUCGGCCAAGAAAAGGUGCGAGAGCAACUCCAACAAGUGAAAGUGGAGUUUGUAGAAGAAACUGGAGCCAUAAAAGAAGAUGUGAAGAUGACAGAAGCGGCGUCUGAAAAAUCGAAGGAUGGAGAAAUGAAUAAAGUAGUUGAUGAAGUGUCUGAGAAUGAUCAAGAAAUGAAGGAUGAACCAUCUAACGAGAUUAAAGAAAGAGAUCGAAAAGAUGAAGAAAUGAAAGGCGGGAAAGAAGGUUGUGAUUUUCAUGUGCCUGAAGUAGAGAGAAAAGAAAGUGAAAAUGUGACUGUUAAGUUCAACGAAAUUGAUAGUGAAAUUACGAAGUCGAAGUUAUCAAGAAUUGAACGAUCUGAAAGUGCAUGUGAUGCAGAGAUGGAAGAAGAUGAUAUACAGCUUAAGCAGUGUGCUCCAGUAUUGCAAGAAAAUUCAUCCACAGUGCAAACUAGUAUGUGUGCGUCUCAUAGUGCAGAUUUUGCAGACAGGGACUUGAUUCUAAACCUGGAUACUUCUGCUUGUAAAAGAUCGGAUUCUAUUCGCGACCCUGGUGCGAACAUCAGAACUGGUUCCCAGGAAACGAAGGAAAAUUAG